UUUAGAUUUAUGCAUUUUUAUAAAAAUAAUUAUUUUGUCAUGUUUUUACAGUGUUAUAGUGUCUUGUGGUCCCUGCCUUGUGACUUCCACCUGUCAAUAGUCGGAAUAUUAUUAUUCUCACUGUACAGAAAGAAUCGUCGCAUUGCGUAUGCAACUUUUACAAUCAUCCUGAUUGCAUCAAUAGUCAUGUCCGGUGUAGUUAUUUACCAGAAUAAAUUAUCUGCAGUUACUAUGUUGGAUAUAAGUGGCGUGAAACAAAUACGUAAAAUUGUAUUGACCAAUCCAGCUUACACACAGAGUCAUCUGCGUGCGGGUCCCUACUUGAUAGGUUUCGCUUUCGGUUACCUCAUUUCUGUGUAUAAACUUGACAAACGCAAGACAGUCUUUUCCACGCCGUAUUCUAUAAUAGGUUUCGCCGUAUCAAUUUGUGUGGGUCUAAUAAUUAUGACAACAGGUGGCAUUAUAAAUGACAAAAACCGACCCUACAGUGCAUGGGAGGCGACUUUAUACGUCGCUUUGAGCAGGAAUAUCUGGGCACUGGCCGUUGCUUGCUUUAUUGCAUUUUGCGAAUAUGGAACAGUUCCUGGCGUCAGUGCUCUGUUGAAGUCAGAAACAUUCGUGUCUCACAGCAAGCUCUGCUACGGCACCUACCUGCUACACGCGAUUGUCUACUCUCGCAUUGUCACGUCUACGAGAUCACCAUUGGAUCAUAACAUGUACCGAAUAUUGUUCAACUUAUCGGGCGUAUUGGUAUUUUGUUGGAUACUCAGUGUGUUUCUGCAUCUUUUUUUCGAAGCUCCAAUGAGUAAUCUCACUAACAUUUUGUUCCAAACUAAAUCACGUCGAGACAUCACAAAUGAAACAGAAAUAGACAAAAAAGAAGUGAAGAAAAUAAAUUAAAUGUUCAUAAUAAUUAUAAUAAAAUUGCUUAGACAGAAUAUUUUAUUUACGUAGUUGAUAACAAAAAUAAAACCAUUUUA